AUGGGUUCAUAUUAGGUCGAGUGGCAUUGUGAGUUUCUUAAGAGAAUUUCAGCAAGAGUUGCUUGUGACUUGGGAGGCAUCUACACUGUGGAAUUAAUGCGGUUUGGUCCUGCUUUAACUGCCAUGGCUCCAGGGAUUUGUAUUUUGGUGCAAUCCCUGGCAGAGAAGGCUAAAGAGCCUUAGCUCUGCCUGUUUCUCAGUCUUUCUGCGGUGUAUGACGACCUCAUAGGCUUCAAAGGGCUUUCUUUGGCAAGGGACACAGAGAGGAAGCUUUGCUGCUCCUCCCCCUGUCGCUGGAGAGCGAAUGAGAGGCUCUUUUACUACUUGUCGUAAAGCAACUACUACCAGUUGCUUUGUAUUUAUUUCCCUGUCGUGCCUUUUUCACCUUUCAACCAAUAGGCUGGCAAUUCCUCUUUGGCUGCUACCUUCCAGCUGUCAAGUAGGUCUCCUUUGGUAAUCCCUGCCCUUGGAGGGGAGGCUGUAGAGUGACUUCUCCAAGCCAUGCCUCUCUCGACUCAAGCGGAAACAGGCGAAGAGCAGCACGUUUUGGUAGCAAAUCUUGACAAUGUCAGGAACCUGUCCAAUAUCCUGAAAGCCAUUCAUUUUAAAGAUCACGCCACCUGUGUUGCUACUACAAAUGGACUCAAGGUGACAGUCGAAAAUGCAAAGUGUUUGCAGGCCAAUGCAUUUAUACAGGCAGGUAUUUUCCAAGAGUUUGUGGUUCAGGAAGAAUCUGUGAUGUUCAGAAUCAACCUGUCUGUUCUUUUAGACUGCUUGACCAUCUUUGGAACAAGUUCAUCCCCAGGAACUCAGACAGCCCUUCGGAUGUGUUAUCAGGGUUAUGGCUAUCCUCUGACACUUUUCCUUGAAGAAGGGGGUGUGGUGACGGUGUGCAAAAUCAACACCCAGGAACCCGAAGAAAUUCUUGAUUUUGAUUUCUGCAGCACAAAUGUUGUAAACAAAAUUAUCCUGCAGUCUGAGGGGCUGCGAGAGGCGUUUUCUGAACUGGACAUGACCAGCGAGGUCCUACAGAUUACGAUGUCUCCAGACAAGCCUUAUUUUAGAUUAUCCACAUUUGGGAAUGCUGGAAGCGCAUAUCUAGAUUACCCCAAAGAUUCUGACCUGAUUGAAGCUUUUCACUGUAACCAGACCCAGACAAACAGAUACAAGAUCGCAUUGCUCAAGCCAUCUAUUAAAGCAUUAGCCUUGUCAUGCAAAGUGUCAAUUCGGACAGAUAACCGAGGCUUUCUCUCAUUACAAUACAUGAUCAGGAACGAAGAUGGACAGAUCUGCUUUGUGGAGUAUUACUGUUGCCCGGAUGAGGACAUUACUGAGCAAGAAAUAUAACUGGCUGGGAGAUGCAAUUCAUUUGUUAUUUUCUUCCUCUAUUAAAAGCCAUCUAGAAUAUUCAGUUCUGAAUGCAAGAAGACUCAUGAUGGUAAAUAUGCAGAGCAAUGGGAAAGAGACCAAAAUUCAAGCCUCUCUUGGAUUAUAGAAGCAAAAUCUGUUGAAAUGAAUUGGGUUCUUGAUACUAGAAAGAUAAAAUAACCUUUCUAACACCUUUCAUUUGAUGCAUUAGACAUAGUAUUGAAAUGCAGUUUAUUCCUGGUUAUUUAACCACUACCUCAAGUAUAGCUGUAAACCUUUGUUCAAAUACAACUUUAUAUCUAAUUGUCAAGCCAAAAUUCAUUGAAUUUUCUAUUAAUCCCAUUGUUUUGGAGGCGAAGGUGUCCUUUAGCUGGAACCAGUAAUCAGUGUUAAGUAAAAGUAAUACUACAGUGUCUUUAGAUUCAGAAGGGAGUAAAGAGAAUGGAUAGUCCAGCAGCAUUCUUGGGGAGUCACCUAUCAGAGGCAAAUAGAUUGUGUUUGGGGAAUGUGUAACCCUUUUCCUAGGACACAAACUUCUGAAUGCUACAUCCAUUUGGAAAAGCACUAAGCUUCCAGAGCAGUUUUUAAAAAAAUAUAUUUUAUUGGUUUGUGUUGCAUACAGAAAACAAAACUGACACCAGAGGAAAACAAAACAACAACAACAACCCCCCCCCAAAAAAAACCCCCAGAAAAGAUGAAAAAAAAGUAUACAAAAGAGUACGCAAGUUUACAGAAUGGAAUACAGUCAGCGCUCGUUAAACAUAUGAAAAAUUAACUUUGACUGUACAGUUGUUAUACCUUAACAUUUAUUGAUUGAGCUUCCAGAGCAGUUAAAGUUUCCUAUGAUAAGCAGCAGCCAGUUAUCAGUCCAAUUCUUUUUUUUUCCUCCCCACCUGUUUAAAUGUCUGAACCCUGCAAAUUCUCAGUGACAAGCUGCGCCAUGCUAUUGAUGUCAAAACAUUCCUGCUCUUUGAUGGGCAUCUUGCUAAGUGUAUAAUAGUAGUCCAAUAGAAUUCAUUUGAUGGACAUCUUGCUAACUGCAUAAUAGAAGUCCAAUAGAAUUCAUUACUAAAAUUGCACAGAUGACUAAAAAUAUAAAAAAAGACAUAUGUUUACUUUUGUUGUUUAAGAUAUCUUUCCUGGUUUCCAAUAUCUUAGAAAUCUAGUAUUGGGAAAUCUAGUGUCCCCUUUCUCUUCUGCUUUGAAUGCGUGGACGUUUCGUGUACAGCAGAGACCCUGCAGUAAAAAAAUAAAGAAUUUUUCAUACUUAUACAAA